CCAAUAAAGCCGCUUCUCCGUGGCCCCGGCCUGCUGCUUUUGCGCACCCCUUGUACACCUGUGGUCCUGGUCGGGGCGGCCUGACCCCACCUGCUGCGGGGACGGCGUGGGGCCCUCUGCCAGCCGCCGCCGCCAUCACUCCACCCUCUGCCCACCUGAGGCGCUUGCCCGCGGGCACCCGGACUAAGGCGCCAGGGCCCCAGGGGAGGCACCACACAGGCCCCAGGCUUUACGUUCAGUGCCAUCACCCUGCCCCUCCUCCCAAGGGCCCCAUCCCCGUGGCCCCAGGCGCAGCCUUUCCAGAACUUUCCCUUCAGAGAGCUGUUUGUGUCCGUGGGAGGAGGAAGUGGGCAUCCAGCACCCAGGGUACUGGCAGUGCAGGGCUGGGUGUGCCUUGUCAUCCUGACCAGGAUGCAAACCUGCCAGACUGGACAAGCAGGUGCCCGAGCCAGGGCACACCUGUGCCUCGGCCCUCUCCACAUGGCUGUGGACAGGUGGCGCCAGGGUGUGCCCUGGUCAGCAGUGACAGCUCCAGAGGCUGUGCUCAGAGCCCUGGCGGAGCCCAUCACUGCCCCUGGCAUGCCAGGCUGGGCGUCAGGGCAGGGGGCAGGGAGGAGCCCUGGGGAGCCGCGCUGCGACCUGACCUUCGGCUGCUGCACCUCUCUUGGGGAGGGGAGUUCUCGGGCAGCCCUGCGGCCAGACCCCCAGAUCUGGACACUGGCAGCGUAAGCGGGACCCUCCUGGGCCCCCAAAUCCUGCUUCUCUUACCCCAGGAAAGGGGCUCGGUGCCCGGGCUGGCUGGAGCCCAGGCCCCGAACUGAAGCCACCAUGGCCUUCUGGGGCAUCCUGCUCGAUGCUGGGCCGAGGACAGGCCAGUGGGCCCUGCCCCCACCCCUGCCUCAGCUCCACUGUGAGGUCAGCACCUGGCCCCCGAGUUCCGUCAAGAGGUGGUGCGGUGGGGCUGGGGCCGGACAUGUCCCCCCGUCCCCGGCCUGCCUGCCCCCUGGGCCUGAUCAGCCUGUCCCUGUGGCUCAGCCCUGCUGCAGGUGCUGCCUCUGCCCGAGCCCCACGGCCGGCUCCGUGCCGGGCUGGGAUAGAGCCGGUCCCUGUUGUCUCUCCGCAGCCGGACCCUGCGAGUGUGGCCUGGGCCUCAGCCGCGAGGCACUCAUCGCUCUGCUCGUGGUGCUGGCGGGAGUGAGUGCCACCUGCUUCUGUGCCCUGGUGGUGGUGGCGAUUGGCGUCAUCAGAGCCAAGGGGUGUGUGAGCCCUGGUGGCUGCGGCAGGGCAUGGAGUCACGGAGUGGGGGAUGGAGAAGGCCAGGGCACCUCUGGGCUCCUGCCCCUGGGGCUCCGGGAUUCACACCUUGCUUUGUCCCCCAGCGAGACGCGUCCCAAAAACAUAGACAACAGGCUGGUGGGGCACUUUGGGGUCCAGGAAGAGCACAUGGACCUGCAGACAGUGCACGUGGAGUCCCACCGCACGGAGCAGGAGCAGGAGCUGGACGUGUCGGUGGUAACGCCCCUGAAGGGGGUACCCGAGGAGCUGCCCAUCCAGCCCCUGGAGGGGAAUCUGGACGAGCCCCGGGAUUCCAUGGCCACGCCCCAGCAGCUGGAGGAGCUGCCCCCCUCCGCACCCCCCCUUCAGUAGGGCUGUGCCGGCGA